AAGUAUUCAGGGCCGCUUUCUUCUCGUCUUCAAAAGCAUCGGGGAGGAACUGCGUGCCCUUGUGUCAGUGAUUGACGUGAGGAAAGUUUAUUCUGUUUUUUUUAAAUCGACAGCAGCAUUAGACCAGGUUAUUCAUUCUGACUAGUGCACGGAUUCUACCUUCAAUACCGGACCACGACUGGGGAUUUAAACAUUUUAAAAUGUAUUUAAAUAUGUAGAAGAAGAGUGCUGGCAGACAACCGGUCCUAAACGGCACUAUUCAUUUUAAACCAUCUGAACUUUUGUCUGGAAUGGAAAAGUGUAGUUUGAAAGCCUUGCUAAUCUAUGUUAAACUCAUCCUGUCCGUGAAAAUAUGAAACAUAAAUAAUGUUUAACAUUGCUACAGAUGGAGAAACGUCCACACCAUUUUCUAAGAAUUUAGAAGACUUUGAUUCCAUACGCAGUGUGCUUCUAUACAGCGACCUAGAGCCAGAAUGGCUGGACGACGUCCAGAAGAACGGCGAGCUCUUCUACCUGGAACUGAGCGAGGGCGAGGAAGCGGCGGCAUUGGCUCAGGCAGCCGCCAAUCACGGCCUCUCCACCAAUCACGUCCGCUUCAGCGAGAAGGAAGCGGAGAUCAUCAGCGACGAGUCCAGGAAGCUUCCUGAUGGUGCUCCAACCAAAGGAGAGCCCAAGCUAAAAAGACUGGCCAGGAUCCUUAGGAGGAAGCGGCGACCAUCCCAGAGCAGAGGGCCCGACGGAGGAGGCGAAGACUCGUCAUCUCGUCCAGUAUCCAUCUUGAAAAACCAGGCAGGGCAGAGGGUGGGGGUGAUGGUCCAGCAGUUGAAGGAAGUGUUUCUCUACCUGAACCCCAAACGCCUGGGGAGCUGCUCCCCUCCUCCCCCGGAGAGAGGGGGUCUACUGAAGGCCCUUCUGGGGGUGGUGCAUCGCCCCUCCUGGGGCAGGGGCCAGGGAGACCCCGCAGGGAGGAGGGAGGAGAGGAUCACUGUCCACGGCCUGGUGCCCAACAGCCCGGCCGUCAAGUGUGCACAGAUACUGAUAGGUGACAACCUGGUCGCAGUAGACGAUGUGGAUGUUACCACAGAGAACAUUGAGAGGGUUCUGUCCUGCAUUCCUGGUCCUACCCAGGUGAAGCUGACCCUGGAGACAGCCAGUCCAGAAGGACCAGGGGAGGGAGGUGUGGACAUGUCCUCUGCUCCCAGGCUCAGGACCUCUCCUUCGGUUAGCCAGCUGGUGCGUCUGCUGUGGGGCGAGGACAUGGUGGAGCUCCAGAUGUCUAUAGGACACAUCCCGCACAUUGUCAUGUACCUGUCACUCAAACUGGACCCAGACUCCCCACUAGAAGAGCAGGAGAUCCUGUACCAGUACCCAGUGUCUGAGGCGUCCAGUCAGCUGAAAGGAGUCCGAGGGAUCUUUCUCACUGUGUCUGACAUGCUGGAGAAUGUCACCGGGGGGCAGAUAGUCAGCUCCUCUCUUCUGCUCAAUAAACAGCUGGUACAUGUGGGCUACUGGAAGGAGAGCAACAACCUGCUGGUGAUCGCCCUGCCUGCUGAGAGGGUUCCUCUGUUGUAUCUGCAGACGGUAGUGGGAGGCGCAGUGAGGACUCUCAAGGUGAUGCACGGCUCUCUGGACAGUGCAUUCUGCCAGGCGGACCACGCCCCCAGGCUGGACCAUUUCUUCUGCCUGUUCUUCCAGCAGCUCAUCCAGCCUUCCAGGUUGAGUGACAGCUCUGGGGCCACGCCCACUGACCUAUCGGGGACUCUCUUCCUGGACGGACUGCCAGCGGUCCGGUGGCUCCCUCUGCCCCCUGAGAUAAAGAUGGAGGUGGACACUGUUCUCUCAGACUUUGAAUCGUCAGAUUUCGGAGAAAUGUCAGAGGACUUCUAUGGCAUGAGGCGUCUCUAUGUGACACUGGGUUCCUGUCUGUUCUACAAGGGCUAUCUGAUAGCGAACCACCUCCCCAAGGAGGACCUGCUUGACGUCUCUCUCUACUGCCGGCACUACUGUCUCCUCCCCCUGGCCUCAGAGCAGCGUGUGGGCCAGCUGGUUGUCUGGAGGGAGGUGUUCCCUCGCCACCGCUCACAGAUCCACCAGACCAAGACCAUUAGCAAUCACUGUACCAUGCCUGGCUACUGCCAGCCCGAGGGACGCUACUUCCUACUCAUAGUGGGACUGAGGCACUUCAUGCAGUGUGUGCUCCUGGAGGCGAGUGGCUGUGCGGCCCCUGCCACGGGGGCCCCAGGGCCCGACUGUGUGUACGUGGACCAGGUCAAGGCUACCCUCCUACAGCUGGAGGAGCUGGACUUAGGGAUGGAGGAACGCCUGGCCGCCCCGCCUGCCCCCUGCCUCUCCUGUGCUGACUGGUUCCUCCCCUCGUUCGUCCGUGACAGGUUAGACACCCUGGCUGCCUCGUCUCCUGUCCUCAGCAAGCUGGCCGGGGGCGUGAAGCCUCCCUCCUCGGACCAGGGAGGAGGAAAGGUGGUGGGCCGGAGCCUGUUUGGACGAGGCGCUCUGAGACCUAGCUCCAAGAGGAGUCAGUCCGACAGCGGGAGCGAGGGACAGUCGGAUGGGGGUGUAGGAAGGCCGACUGGACUCAGUCCGCACUCCACCCCGGACUCGGCCCGGAAGCUGGUCGGCCAGAGAGACUCGCUGGGUUCUGGAGGAUCUGAUGGGAGUCGAGGCAGUGGGAGCAUUUUCAAGAUUCCCAGGAUGAAGCAUCCUAACCCAUUCUACCUGGGCACCCUGAAGAAGAGUCUGACUGAGAGAGAGACAGGGGAGAAGUACAACACUAUGAAGUUGACGUCUGGGGCAGAGAACACUCUGUUCCACUAUGUGCUGAUGGAGAAGGUGCAGGGUAUCUUCAUCGCUCCUACACACAGGGAACUGGCCCAUCUCAGCGGCUCCAUCCACCCUCAGCUCAUCCGCAACUUCCACCACUGCUGCCUGUCCAUACGUGCUGCCUUCCAGCGAAGUCUGCCGCCCAGGGGCAGGCCAGGUACAGACAGACCCCAGGGGACCCAUGGGCUGGGCCCAGUGAAGGAACACGGAGUUCUGUUCCAGUGUAAACCUGAGAACUGGACCGACCAGAGGAAGCCAGCCCCCACCAUGACCUACUGGGUUAUAGGCCGGAUGCUUCUCGAACCCGUCCCUCAGGAAUUCUACGUGUGUUUCCAUGACUCCGUGGCAGAGGUUCCUGUGGAGAUGGCCUUCCGCCUGUCUUUCGGCCUGGCCUUGUGACGAGCUGUCUGCCAACAGUCUCUUAUGAACUCUGGUAACACUACUACCUAUCGGCAGACAGACAACCCCAGAGCACAACCCUGUUCAUUAGGCACCAAACGGAAGAAAACAGACAGACGGGGGAGUACAUAAACUCCAAUAAGAAAAUGCUUGUUCACGUUUACUAUCACAAAAUAUUUUGCUACGGUUUUCCCUAAUGAACACAACCCUGGUCUUAAAGGUUUCACAGUUGACGUCAACGCCUGCUUGCAGUCGGUCGGAGAUAUUAUGGGAUCUAAAGACUCCCUCUUGUGCCUUGAUCACCUGACGGCAGGUAACAGGAAACCUCACAGACCAAGGUUGUUCUCUGUUAGUCUCGGAUCAGCUCCAGUGGAACCGCAGGACUGCAUCCAGAUAGAAAUAUGUUUUGUGGAACAAACAUGAGGUAAAAGGAAGCGCGUCAGCUCUAUUCAUGACAUUUCUAUCUGUAACAUCCCACUACGCUUGCCUACUAAACAGGUUUUGGGGGCGGCAGGUAGCCUAGUGGUUAGAGCGUUGGGCCAGUAACCGAAAGGUUGCUGGAUUGAAUCCCCGAGCUGACAAGGUAAAAAUCUGUCGUUCUGCCCCUGAACAAGGCAGUUAACCCACUGUUCCCCUGGUAGGCUGUCAUUGUAAAUAAGAAUUUGUUCUUAACUGACUUGCCUAGUUAAUUAAAAAAUAAAAAUACAGUGCCUUGCGAAAGUAUUCGGCCCCCUUGAACUUAGCGACCUUUUGCCACAUUUCAGGCUUCAAACAUAAAGAUAUAAAACUGUAUUUUUUUUGUGAAGAAUCAACAACAAGUGGGACACAAUCAUGAAGUGGAACAACAUUUAUUGGAUAUUUCAAACUUUUUUAACAAAUCAAAAACUGAAAAAUUGGGCGUGCAAAAUUAUUCAGCCCCUUUACUUUCAGUGCAGCAAACUCUCUCCAGAAGUUCAGUGAGGAUCUCUGAAUGAUCCAAUGUUGACCUAAAUGACUAAUGAUGAUAAAUACAAUCCACCUGUGUGUAAUCAAGUCUCCAUAUAAAUGCACCUGCACUGUGAUAGUCUCAGAGGUCCGUUAAAAGCGCAGAGAGCAUCAUGAAGAACAAGGAACACACCAGGCAGGUCCGAGAUACUGUUGUGAAGAAGUUUAAAGCCGGAUUUGGAUACAAAAGAUUUCCCAAGCUUUAAACAUCCCAAGGAGCACUGUGCAAGCGAUAAUAUUGAAAUGGAAGGAGUAUCAGACCACUGCAAAUCUACCAAGACCUGGCCGUCCCUCUAAACUUUCAGCUCAUACAAGGAGAAGACUGAUCAGAGAUGCAGCCAAGAGGCCCAUGAUCACUCUGGAUGAACUGCAGAGAUCUACAGCUGAGGUGGGAGACUCUGUCCAUAGGACAACAAUCAGUCGUAUAUUGCACAAAUCUGGCCUUUAUGGAAGAGUGGCAAGAAGAAAGACAUUUCUUAAAGAUAUCCAUAAAAAGUGUCAUUUAAAGUUUGCCACAAGCCACCUGGGAGACACACCAAACAUGUGGAAGAAGGUGCUCUGGUCAGAUGAAACCAAAAUUGAACUUUUUGGCAACAAUGCAAAACGUUAUGUUUGGCGUAAAAGCAACACAGCUCAUCACCCUGAACACACCAUCCCCACUGUCAAACAUGGUGGUGGCAGCAUCAUGGUUUGGGCCUGCUUUUCUUCAGCAGGGACAGGGAAGAUGGUUAAAAUUGAUGGGAAGAUGGAUGGAGCCAAAUACAGGACCAUUCUGGAAGAAAACCUGAUGGAGUCUGCAAAAGACCUGAGACUGGGACGGAGAUUUGUCUUCCAACAAGACAAUGAUCCAAAACAUAAAGCAAAAUCUACAAUGGAAUGGUUCAAAAAUAAACAUAUCCAGGUGUUAGAAUGGCCAAGUCAAAGUCCAGACCUGAAUCCAAUCGAGAAUCUGUGGAAAGAACUGAAAACUGCUGUUCACAAAUGCUCUCCAUCCAACCUCACUGAGCUCGAGCUGUUUUGCAAGGAGGAAUGGGAAAAAAUUUCAGUCUCUCGAUGUGCAAAACUGAUAGACAUACCCCAAGCGACUUACAGCUGUAAUCGCAGCAAAAGGUGGCGCUACAAAGUAUUAACUUAAGGGGGCUGAAUAAUUUUGCACGCCCAAUUUUUCAGUUUUUGAUUUGUUAAAAAAGUUUGAAAUAUCCAAUAAAUGUUUUAUGAUUGUGUCCCACUUGUUGUUGAUUCUUCACAAAAAAAUAGUUUUAUAUCUUUAUGUUUGAAGCCUGAAAUGUGGCAAAAGGUCGCAAAGUUCAAGGGGGCCGAAUACUUUCGCAAGGCACUGUAUACCCUGGGUUUAUCAGAUGCUAUGUUGUGUCCAAAAUGGCUCCCUAUGUAAUGAAUAGAUUAACUAAAAACUGAGUAAUAAUACCUCAGAACACAUGCUGGAUUUUUUUUUUUUAAAGGGUAGGUGUGAGUUUGCAGGGAAAGCAUUGUUCUGCUGUUCUGGCCAUAGCAAAUCUCAUUCUAGUUCUGUGGUUCUGACAUUCCUGUUAGCUAAAGUGUGCCAGACCAAAUAAUAUGGGAAAAGUCUAAACAGCAUUCUUGGGACAUACCAACUCUUACGUCACGCCAUUGCGGGUGAAAUGUAAAACGGUAAGGGUUAAGGUUCGGAACGUCCCAAGGAUCCCAAACAGGACUGACCAAAUAAUGACUGUUCUUGCCUGCUAUCCUUUCCACAUUGGCAUGGCAACACAGCCUUAGGUAGAGUUCUAUUCAUGUUGCUGUUUUGGAGCAAGAUAAGUGUUAUGAUAUUUUAUUUAAGAUGUACAGUAUUUUGUAUGGAAAUGUAAUAAUUUGUGACAAUUAAAAGAAAAACAUA